AUGGCGUCCUUAAAUUCCACUUCCAGUAUUAUUUCGGUCAGGUUCAGAAACCCUAAAACCCUGUCCAGAUUUUCGGAUUCUCCACACGUCAUUGUCCUCUCCAAGCUACUCGAUUCCUCAAAACCCAUGCUCCGCGUUUCCGCCGAUUCCUCUCCCAAGGCCAGAUUUGUUGCCCGCCGGACGGAGUCCGUCGCCGUCAAUCAGCUCCAACGCCCUCUGAUUGAGUACAUGAGCUUGCCAGCAAGCCAAUACUCGGUGUUAGAUGCAGAGAGGAUAGAGCGAGUGGAUGAUAACACCUUCAGGUGUUAUGUCUAUAGGUUUAAUUUUUUCACUGUUGAAGUUUGCCCUGUUUUGUUGGUGAGGGUGGAUGAGCAGCCACAUGGUUGCUGCAUUAAGCUCUUGUCUUGCAAGCUUGAGGGCUCCCGCAUGGUUGUUGCUCAGAAUGACAAAUUUGAUGCUUCGAUGGAGAAUAAGAUAUCAUGUGAUAGGACAAGAGAUGAUUCACCUGUUCAGAAGUUGACUUCAGAUGCAGUGAUUGAGGUUAGCAUUGAAGUCCCAUUUGCAUUUCGCGCAAUUCCUACGCAGGCCAUUGAAUCAGCUGGCUCCCAAGUGCUAGACCAGAUACUGAAGGCCAUGCUUCCAAAAUUCCUGUCUCAGUUAGUGAAGGACUAUGAAGCCUGGGCUUCAGGAGACACUUCUAGGCAGCCUCUAGGGACGGGUGAGAUCUAA